AGAGGAGAGGAGAAGAGAAGAGAAGGGAAGAGAAAAAAGGAAGAAGAAGGAAAGGGAGGGAGGAGAGAAGAGAGAGAAAACCCCUCUUUGGUCCUCAUUCCCCUCCAGCUGUCACCCUCUUCCCCCUUCCUUACAGCCCAGUUUCUGGAAAUCACUGCCUAUACCGUACUGCCUUCAUCUCCCUACUUCCCGUCAUUCCUUCACCCAUCCCUGUCUGGAUUCCUGUCCCUCUGCAGCACCAAAACAGCUCCCAGUAACAGCACCAAUGGCUGCACAUCCACCUUUUAACUCACAUCUUACCCGACCCUGCAGCAACAUCCACCCUUGCUCACUAUCCUCCCUUAGCUGCUCUCCUCCUCCAGCCUCAGCGAUGACUACUGGUUUCCUCCUGCCUCUCCGGCAUCUCCAUUUUGUUCUCCUCCGCAGACUCCUCCUCCACCGCUGACCCAUGAAAGCUUGGAGUCCUGGGCCUUCUUGCUCUCUACCCUCUCCCUAACUACUUCCAUUCAUACUGUGGCAUUAACUACCAAUUGCAAAUAACACAUAAAUCUUUCACCUAGGUCCACAUAUACACCCGCCAUUUAGUGCCACCCCUGGGAUUUCUCAAGGGAACCCCACACUCGAAGAUCCUCAAACUCAUGAUCUCCCCAACUCUCUUACCCUCUGGAACCCUGGCUCUCUUCCACAGCACCCCAUGACUCACCAGCAUCUAGAAACCUCCGUCUCCCUCACUCCCAUAUGCAACCCAUCAGCAAAUCCUGUGGAUUUUAUUUCCUGCAUUUCUCUCAGAUCCAUCCGGUCUUCUCCAUCUCCACCAGCCUUCCUCCCCUCGCACAAGUUGGUUCCAGUGUCGUGGUUUCCUAACUGGUACGUGCCACGUGGUUCCGGACCAUUCCCAAGUCCUUGCUAAGCCACAGUGGAACUAGAGCGUCCUUGCAAAGCACAUCUAAUCACAUCAUUAUUCCCUUCAUAGCCUGUUUACCCAGUGCUCAGAGCAAUGGCUUCCAGAACCUUUAUGGCUUGCCACCCAAGUCCGCUGUGGAACGAGUUCUGGGUUAUACUGCCUAAAUUCACAGCCAUACUCCACCACUAUUGUCAGCGUGACCUGAAGUAACUUACUUUCCGCAGCCUCCCAUAUUUCAGUUUUCUGUCUUGUGAGAUGGAGUAAAAACAGUACUACCUUACACGGUUGUCGUGAGAAUUAAAUGCAUUAAGCACUUAGAAUGGUGCCUGGCCCAUAAUAAGCGUUCGAUAAGUGUUAGCUCUUAUCUUCCUCUGCCCUCCCCAGUCUCAUCUCCCACUCCACCCCUCUCAUCUCUGUCUGGCCACAUUGGCUUUCUUUUGGGUCCUUAUUUUCCCCAUGCUCCCUCUCCCCACAGGGCCUUUACACGUGCUGUCUCCAUUGGGAUUCUCUUUCUUUCCUCUUCAGCUACUCACUUCCUGCCCAUGUAGCUUCAGAUCACAGCUCAGGUGUAACUCCCUUGGGGAACCCAUCCUGGAGUUCCCGGCCUGGGGCUGCUCAUCGUUAUCAUGUUACAUUUAUGUUGUGAUGGUAACAAUCCAUCUCUCCUUCAGGACGAGGGCUCCACAAGAGCAGAAACUUUAUUUUUGCCACUUUUGUAACUCCAGCAUCUAGCAAAGUAUCUGACAAAUAACAAAUGCUCAAUGAAUAUUCGCUAAUGAAUGAAAGAGGAGAAGAAGAGCACAGGGUGACAGGAACACUUCGUAAAUAUUCAUUCAGUCUUGCAAGACAGGUCUCCCGCUGUGAGAGGUUCUGAAGUUUCCCUUGCCCUCAGAUACCUCCACCACUGCCAAGAGCAGGGCCCGAGCAUUCUCCAGCGAGAAUUUACACCAAACCACUAAAUUCUCCAUCAUUUGCAGAGAUGCCAUCAUAUCACGGGUGCAUUAGCCAACAUAUUGGCAACAGAGCCGAGCUCCUCUGAUUGAGUCUUGACUGCCCAGAGCUGACACAGAGAGCGGCACCCGAAGGCACAGAACUGAGAAGACGAGGUGUCCAAGCAGGAAGGCACCCCAGGGGCCACUAGCCAUCUGCUUCCUUACACAGAUUUAGGAACUGAGGCCCAGACGGGGCCGGGAGGGCUCUACCGUCAUACAGCAAGAUUGUGGCGGAGUCAGAACUAGAACCCAGGUCCCUGACAGCUAGCUCAGAGCUCUGCACACUGCCCCUCACAGGUCACGCGUUCACGCAUUUGAUGAGUGUUGAGCACCACUUUGGGCAAGAGGCAGGUGCCCGCAUACGCAAAUAACGCUCCUGCAGCACGGCUGGUCCCUGCUCUCACGGAAAGGCUCCUCUGCACUCUGUGAGAGCCCACCGCAGAAAGCAGUUGAUUCCGGGCUGCGUCAGGGCCUGCUUCAUGGAGGCGGGUGGUAUUUGAAGUGGGCCCUGAAGAAUGAGCACGGAGAAGCCGGGGGAGGCCAUCCCAGGCUGAAUAAAUAGCACCCAUCCCGGGAUUUAGGGGCAGGUGUGUGGGGAACUGCCCCAGACUGCUUAUAAACCACAAGGAAAAGGGAAGGGGACAGAGACAGGGCCCCGAAGGAGUUAGGGCCAAGUGGAAAGAGGAGGAGGAGGUGGAAAACCAGCUGCCCUCCUCCUUCUGCAAAAGCCUCCCGAAGCCCCUGAGGGCUGCCCUUCCCUCACACCAAUACCAGGUCGGUGAGGAUGGACGCGCACCCCUGCCGCAGCUCCCUGCUUCCUGAGGGCUGCAUCAGCAGUCUCUUCUCCUGACAAGCUAUGGUGCACUUUCCCAUAAACAACUGCUGCUGGCAGAGGGUUGGAGGCAGGCAUCAGGGAGGCCUCUGGGUCUGGCUCUGCCAGGGAACAAGCCAGGAGGAGUGACCCAUGUUCCAGAUGGGAACACUGAGAUGCAGCCUGGGAGAAGCCCGUCAGGGGCACAGCCAAGGUUAAUACAGAGGAUGGAGCUUCGAGGGCAUGGGGAGUGGAGUCCAGCUGGGGGUUGGAAACCUAGGUUCUAUGCCUAUCUCAGCCCCGACCUUCUUCCUGAGCAGAGCUGUUUCUCAUCAGCCCCUUCCCCCUCCGGGGGUCACAGGGCCAGGCUGGGACGAGGCUGCUAGCGUCACUGGACACAGCAUUGCUUUCCCACAGCCUCCUUCCUCUGGCUCCCCUGCUCUGUGGCGGAAACCUGGUCACCCUUCACCCACCUAGCUCAGCCCCACGGCGGGAUUUAUUACUGGCUGUCCUGCCGUAUGCCCCAGGGUAAUAAAUCAGGGCAAAGCAGACUCACAAGCAUCCUAAGUGUGGAGCGUAUAAAAGGAGGAGGGCCUGGGAGCCAUGAGGCUUCGGUGGAUCUCAGAGAGAGCCGGGACCCAGGUGUGGCAUGAACCAACGGAGCAGAAUGCCCCGCUGGGGACUCCUGCUGGUGCUCUGGGGCUCCUACGCCUUCGGGCUUCCUGCGGACACUGGCGCCUUCAGACGGAUCUUCCUCAGGAAAAUGCCCUCGGUCCGAGAAAGCCUGAGGGAGCGAGGCGUGGACGUGAGCAGGAUCGGCGCCGAGUGGAGCCAGUUCACCAAAAGACUCUCGCGAGACAACAGCACCUCCCCCGUGGUCCUCACCAACUACCUGGACACCCAGUACUACGGCGAGAUCGGCAUUGGCACCCCACCCCAGACCUUCAAAGUCAUCUUUGACACAGGCUCGGCCAACCUCUGGGUGCCCUCCACCAAGUGCAGCCCUCUCUACGCAGCCUGUGAGAUUCACAGCCUCUACGACUCCUCGGAAUCCUCCAGCUACAUGGAGAAUGGAACGGAAUUCACCAUCCGCUACGGAUCCGGGAAAGUCAAAGGUUUCCUGAGCCAGGACAUGGUGACUGUGGGCGGAAUCACAGUGACGCAGACGUUUGCAGAGGUUACGGAGCUGCCCUUGAUACCCUUCAUGCUGGCCAAGUUUGAUGGGGUUCUGGGCAUGGGCUUCCCUGCACAGGCCGUCGGUGGGGUCACCCCCGUCUUUGACCACAUCCUCUCCCAGAGGGUGCUAAAGGAAGACGUCUUCUCUGUCUACUACAGCAGAAAUUCCAAGAAUUCCCACUUGCUAGGGGGAGAGAUUGUGCUGGGAGGCAGCGACCCCCAGUAUUACCAAGGGAACUUCCACUACGUGAGCGUCAGCAAGACUGACUCCUGGCAGAUCAAAAUGAAAGGGGUAUCUGUGAGGUCGGCCACCUUACUCUGUGAGGAGGGCUGCAUGGUAGUGGUGGAUACUGGCGCAUCCUACAUCUCGGGUCCCACCAGCUCCCUGAGGCUGCUCAUGGAGACCCUGGGGGCCAAGGAGCUGAGCUCAGAUGAAUAUGUCGUGAACUGUAACCAAGUGCCCACACUCCCUGACAUCUCCUUCCACCUCGGAGGAAGAGCCUACACGCUUACCAGCGCAGACUACGUAUUACAGGAUCCCUACAGUAAUGAUGAUCUGUGCACACUGGCCCUCCACGGUCUAGAUGUCCCACCACCCACCGGGCCUGUCUGGGUCCUGGGCGCCAGCUUCAUUCGCAAGUUCUACACGGAGUUUGAUCGGCAUAACAAUCGCAUUGGCUUUGCCUUGGCCCGCUGAGGCCCUCUGCUGCCCAGGCGGGCCUUGCCCUCAGCCCUAGCCCAGAGCCAGAGCACUCUCUGGGAACCCCCUGCCUAGCUUGCGCCCUCAUGCAGGAGCCCAGGGCGUGGGGCUCCUCCCCACCACUUCCCCUGUUCACAUCACCAGCUCUUCCUGGCUUUGAAGACAAACAGAAUAAAAACUUCAUGUUCACAA